AUGUUUUCCUCUUCUCGCCAGUUUGCGCCUCGUGCACUACAAUAUCGUGUCGUCUGUUACCCCAGAAAAGAGUUGGCUCACUUUGUACGAAAGCACCUUUCCACUAAUGAUGGUGGUGCUAUGACAAAAGAACACAGACGGGAUCUCCAACUCAAAGAAUUGACACAGUGGACAGAUGCAUUUAACUCAAAGGAAGCAAUUAAUAAAACAGUAUCAUUGUUAAAAAACUAUCAGAUGGAAAUUUGUAAUCAGUUAGAGCAGAAUUAUGACGAACAUAUACAAGACUUGGAGAAGGAGAUUAGUCAACUAGUGAAAGGAUUAAAAGUAAGAGAAGCCUAUAUACAAAUCUUAGAGAAAAAGAAGAAAGAAUAUGGAGAAAUGUUAGAAAAGAAUAAGGAGUUGGCUGAAAACCUGUCAAAUUUGGUUGAUAAACAAGCAAAGAAGGCUGAGCACGUUCAGUACACAGCAAGACUUUUCAGAUGUGGAAGAAUUCGCAAUGUUAGAUCAGCUUUGGAAUAUAUUAGAAGACGAAUUGUUUUGACAGAAGGUAAGCCUUUCGAGACAGCCGAACCUGUUGAAAGCGUACUACAACGGUUGCCUGAACAAAAAAGAUUCAAAACACUUUUGCAACGUCUAUGCCGAGUUUAUAACAUGCCCAUGGAACCGGUAAAAAAUUGCCUCGGCGGUCUUUAUCACAUUUCAUGUAAAGGACAGCAUGGUUACAGACGUAAUAUCCUUAUUAAUGCAAAAUAUUGGAAAGACAAGGAAUUGCUGGCCUUGAGCGUCAUAUUUUAUUACUUUAAUAUCAAAUUUAUUUAUUGGAACACGGAGGGAAAGGAGGUGCAAUUUCCAUAUUAA